UUGCCAUUCUCCACCGCCGCCAUCAUGGCCGCCAUGGCCGCUUCCUCGGCGGCGUCUCCCGCCUCGGGUUCCUCUUCUUCCUCCGGCGGCGCCCCGGCCGGUUCGAGCUCCUCGGGGGCUUCGGGCGGCGGAGGCGGCGGCGGCGGGGCCUCGGGGCUGACGGCGGCCUUGACCGGCACCAUGAACCGCAAGAAGAAGCCCUUCCUGGGCAUGCCGGCCCCGCUGGGCUACGUGCCGGGGCUGGGCCGAGGGUGAGCAGCCGGGGUCGGG